AAUCUUUCCUGUUUUCUGCUCUAUAUGCUGCCUUUAUAUUCGGUGGUCGGCAUUUAAUGAACAAAAGAGCAAAAUUUGAACUAAGGAAACCAUUAGUGCUGUGGUCUUUGAGUCUCGCAGUCUUCAGUAUAUUUGGUGCUGUUCGAACGGGUGCUUAUAUGGUAUAUAUAUUGAUGACCAAAGGACUGAAGCAAUCAGUUUGUGACCAGAGUUUUUACAAUGGACCAGUCAGCAAAUUCUGGGCAUAUGCAUUUGUACUAAGUAAAGCACCAGAAUUAGGAGACACAAUAUUUAUUAUUCUUAGGAAACAGAAGCUUAUCUUCCUCCAUUGGUAUCACCACAUUACGGUACUGCUGUAUUCUUGGUACUCAUACAAGGACAUGGUGGCUGGUGGUGGCUGGUUUAUGACCAUGAACUAUGGAGUACAUGCAGUCAUGUACACGUAUUAUGCCUUGCGGGCUGCAGGCUUCAGAGUAUCACGCAAAUUUGCCAUGUUUAUCACCUUGUCACAGAUUACGCAGAUGUUCGUUGGCUGCAUAGUCAACUACCUGGUCUUCGCCUGGAUGCAACAAGGCCAGUGCCAUUCACAUGUUUACAACAUCGUUUGGUGUUCACUCAUGUACAUCAGCUACUUUGUGCUUUUCUGUCAUUUCUUCUUUGAGGCAUACAUUGGCAAGACAAGGAAAGCGAGAAAGGCUGAGUAAAGCUAGGAAUACUGCUAAGCCACCGCUCAGGUCAUCGACCAAACAGGAAACACAAAGCAAAACGAAAUGGCACAACAAAAACCAUUUAUAUGUGGUGCAGAUAAAACUCAGCAGCUGUGGACAGAUAAGUUUGUUCAAACCAAUAAAUUUAUGAUCCUGUCAUGGUAAGGACUCGCGGAAUGAUCUUGCAUCUUAGCAGGCUGCUGUAAGACAUCUUCUUUCUUGCACCUCUUAAAGCAAACAUGCAUUUAGAAAAAAAGGAAAAGAAGAUCAGAAUUUUGCAAAACAAAAUAUUAAAAUAUAUGGUUUCCCUGA